GUUGGAAGAACUAUUUCCUAACUAACUGCUAAGAUAUUUUGAAAGUGUUAAAGUUACUCUAUAUGAUUUAGUCCCAUCUACAGGCCCUCAAGCUGAAGUGGAAAAUACUGAUAAAGAUUAUGCUGUCUUAACAUGGAAAGAAAUUCCAGAAGCAGAAAGAAAUGGAGUGAUUAUUAACUAUACUAUAAUUUAUGAAGAAGGCAACAAACGUUUGGAAGAAACUGUGGACCGCAGUAUCCUGAAAUACACCGUUAAGUCUUUGCAGCCCAACACCAAUUACAAAGCUUGGAUUAUGGCAAACACCAUCGCCGGAGGAACAAAGGGAAAUGAAAUGUACUUUUUGACUAAACUACUUAGUACAACAGACAUUAUUCUUGCAGCUGUCUUUGUUGGAAUACUCAUGGCAGGCUUCUUAAGUUUUGGACUAUUAUGGGCUCUAAAAUAUAAAAUGAUAAAACGAAUUUGCUGGCCUCAGAUUCCACAUCCUGUAAUAGCAAGUUGUCCUGCUGUAUCUCAGAAAAUCAUAUUGGGGAACAGAUCUUGUGAGGAUGACAUCAAUAUUUUGAAAGUAGAUACUUGCAGGGAGAAUGAGUUGCUGAAUCCAGAAAACUGCUUUAAACAAGCCAAUGCUACUGCAAAAAUUACCAUUGCUGGUCAAGAGACUUUUUGCACCGGAGAAUACAAAGCUCUAGAAUGCUUUCUUCCAGUAUCUUCUUUGAACCAUGACUUCUUCAACAAUCAACCUCUUCUAACUAUGAAAAGGGAUUCUGAAAGUUCUGCACAAGAAGAAGUGCAAUAUCAGGAAAAUUUGCAGGAGAAAACUGAAUUUAAUUCGUAUUUGAAAAACUCUGUUUGUUCGAGAGAGUUCCUGGAUUGUGAGAAUGUAGAACAAAAUACAAAAGAACCUGAAACCCCACCUGCCUCUUUGGCCUGUUGCAGUGCUGGGGAUCCUUAUGUAGCACCGGAGACAGUUAAAUUACUCUCUAAGUAUUAAUUGCAAAAUGUUUUUUUUUAUAAAAAAAAACUUAUGGACAUCAUGCUUGUAACUACUGUUUUACUAAAUAGUAAGCAUGUAAGUUCUGCAUUUUUAUUUAAUUAGAGAGCUGAGGUGGCGCAGUGGUUAGAGUGCAGUACAGACUUGAUUAUGAGGAAGUAUAAAAUAUUCACAUCACGGGGCCAUGUUUCAUGCUUGUCCUGUUUCCUAAUAAAAAUAUAAUGAUGUUGAAUAGAAAAAAACAUGGUCUAAGUAACUUUAGCUAUAGAGGAAAACGCUGUUAGGAGUUGAAUAACAUCCACACGUCCUUACUUUCUGACCCAAAAAGCUAGUUAACCAAUUGGUUAAGACAUCAGGCUAGAAGCUAGGAGACUCCUAACAGCAUUUAACUGCCUUGGGCCAGUCAUUCUCUAUCAGCCCAGCCCACCUCAUAGGGUUGUUGUGGGGAAAAUAGGAGGAGAGAAUAAUCAUAGGUAUGUUCACUACCUUGUCUUAUUUAUAAAGGAAUAAAAGAAUAAAAUCUAAUAAAAAUAAAUAUAUAUUUGUUGGAUAGGCUUUUGCUGCAAAUACAAAGCUAUGCGUUCUUAAAAUUUUUGUUUCAUUAUUGUACUCUAAGAUCUCAAAUAUGUCACACAUGGAGGGGAAAAUGAAGUCACAUAAUUGUCAAUCAAAACUAUUGAAUGUGUUGUACAGAUUGGUGUAAAGCUGAUGUAGAAAUAGAAAUAAAUGUAUAAUUUGUACUUGUAUUCA